AUGCGCCUAUCCCAAGGGGGACUAGCGUAUACUGUAACGACGCUCGUCCAUAUCCUCUUGGUGAAGUUGAAGUUCUCAACAUGCGCCCAUCCCAUCACUUUGGACAUCGCCCUCCCAGUUUGUCUCAAACGCCUUCUGUGGACACGAUUAGGUUGGAUUCGUUGUGCCGCUGGGUGGUCACCUCAUGCUGGUGACGGAACUUGUACAAGGUGGGCCAUAUUUCGAUCACUUGCCCUGCCCCUCCACCUCCGACCUCUCUAUCCUCUCUGCUCACUGUACCCGUCAUCGUUAUCCGCUGCUGACGCCUUUUUCAGAUCUGAUUCUUGCUCUGGACGCGGAGGCUGUGACCAACGUUCUCUCAUGGUCGAAAUUGCGCGACUUCUCGACUUCUCGACCGACCAACCGCGGUGUGCCAGUCGCGUCCUGAGUCGGAACCUAGCCAACUACAGCUCUCAAUUUGGUCGAUAUAUUGGAAACCAGUUAAGCCAAACCGAUUCCCCAACACCCCAGAACUGCCAUUUGGAGUCCCGAAUUCGGUGA